GGGAAACAGAUGCAGAUGAGACUCCACUCGAACUCGGACAAAGGGGACGGCUCAGUGCGCUACAUCCUGAGCGGCGAGGGGGCAGGCACCAUCUUCAUCAUCGACGAGUCGACGGGCGACAUCCACGCCACCAAGAGCCUGGACCGCGAACGGAAGACCCACUACGUGCUGCACGCACAGGCCAUCAACCGACACACCAACAAGCCCCUGGAGCCGGAGUCGGAGUUCAUCAUCAAGGUGCAGGACAUCAACGACAAUGCGCCAAAGUUCCCCGACGGACCCUUCACCACGUCUGUAGCCGAGAUGUCUGAAGUUGGCACGUCAGUGUUCCAGGUGACGGCGACGGACGCGGAUGACCCCACCUAUGGCAACAGCGCCCGUGUGGUGUACAGCAUCCUCCAGGGCCAGCCCUACUUCUCUGUGGACCCCAUGACAGGUAUCAUUCGUACAGCGUUGGCGAGCAUGGACCGUGAGGCGCGGGAGCACUAUGCAGUGGUGAUCCAGGCCAAAGACAUGGCAGGACAAGUGGGAGGCCUCUCAGGGUCCACCACCAUCAACAUCACCCUUACCGACGUCAACGACAACCCACCCAAGUUCCCUCAGAAGAACUACCAGCUCUACGUGCCUGAGUCAGCGGAGGUGGGGAAACCCGUGGGGAAGAUCGCGGCGCACGACGCGGACCUGGGAGCCAACGCCGAGAUCAAGUACAGCAUCCUCAACACCGAGGCCGCAUCCAUCUUCUCCAUUGCCACCAGCAGGGAUGGACGAGAGGGCAUCAUAAGCCUCAGAAAGCCACUGAACUAUGAGAAGAAGAAGACGUACACGUUACACAUCGAAGGAGUGAACACACACCUGGAUCCGCGUUUCUCCUACCUGGGCCCGUUCAAGGACACGGCCACGCUCAAGAUCACAGUGGGGGAUGUAGACGAGGCUCCCGUCUUCUCCAUGGAUUAUUACAUCAUGGACGUGUACGAGAACGCCCCCAUCGGCACCGCAGUGGGUUCCGUCACAGCCCGUGACCCCGACAGCAAGAACAGCCGCAUCAGGUAUUUCAUGGAGCCCAGUCUGAAUGAGGAUGCCAGUUUCAUCAUAGAGCCGGACACCGGCCUCAUCCGCACCACGUACAUCCUGGACCGAGAGGACACACCCCUGCACAACAUCACCGUGUCCGCCGUUGAAAUCGAUAACCCCUCCAUGGUGAGCCAUGUGCCUGUCACUGUCCAAGUGCUGGACAUGAACGACAACCCCCCUGAGGUUAAGACAGAUGAGGACAUCAUUGUGUGUGAAAACACACGGCCAGGACAGGUGAUCCAGACGGUGACGGCGGUGGAUAAGGAUGACUUUGCUAAUGGGCAACGCUUCUCCUUCUCUCUCCCCAUCGGAAUCCCAAUCAAUCCCAACUUCACCCUCAAGGACAAUGAGGACAGCACUGCCAACAUCAUCGCCCGGCGGCGGCGCUUCAACCGGCUGACGCAGGAGCUGUACACGCUGCCCAUCGUGGUGUGGGACGGCGGCGAGCCGUCGCUGACCGGCACCAGCACGCUGACUCUGCGGGUGUGUCCGUGCCAGCGUGGCACGCGCGCCAAGGUGUGCCAGAGUGAGGCGUUCCUAUCCUCUGCCGGUCUCAGCACGGGCGCACUCAUCGCCAUCCUGCUGUGUGUGCUCAUCCUGCUCGCGAUCGUGAUCCUGUUUAUCACGCUGCGGCGCAGCAAGAAGGAGCCGCUAAUCAUCUCCGAGGAGGAUGUGCGCGAGAACGUGGUGACGUACGACGACGAGGGCGGCGGCGAGGAGGACACGGAAGCCUUCGACAUCAGCGCCCUCCGCAACCCGGCCGCCGCCGAGGAGCUCAAGUUCCGCCGCGACGUCCGGCCUGACGGCUCCCGGACCUCUCACUGCGGCGGUGCCAUGGCAGCUGCCUGCGCCGGUCCCGGCCCGUCCCUCUUCCACGCCCACCGUCGUCUCCGGCCGCACAAGCCCGGCUCCUUGGACACAGAGGCCGAGCUGGACAUCCGCGACUUCAUCCGCCAGCGGCUAACGGAGGCCGACCAGGACAUGAGCGGCCCGCCGUACGACUCGCUGCAGACCUACGCCUUCGAGGGCCAGGGCUCGCCCACCGGCUCCAUUAGCCCGCUGGGUUCGGCUGGCACCCAGUCCGAACUGGACUACACCUUCCUGGACGACUGGGGCCCAGAGUUCCAGAAGCUGGCCGAACUCUACGGUGAGGAGGUCGAGAAGGAGUCGGCGGCCAGCGACCCCACAGAGUAGCCCUAACGACCCGUGGACCAGCGCGGUUCAGCCUGGCUCGGGUCCAUUUUGGCCCUCGCCACGGCGCGUGGGAUAAAAUCGAACACGAGGACAAAAUCGAACAAAAACAAACAAAAAAAAAACUGAAAACUGAAAUCACAAAUACACUCCUCUAAUCUCCAUCUCUAUCUCUCUCACCUACUGACUCUUGUUGAGGAAGCUGCAUCUGCCCCCCCUGGA